CCUUCCAUUCUUACCGCACAUGCGCGGCUCAGGGAGCGCGCAGCGCGGCGAUCGGCGGUGCGCUGUAAGUGCCACCUGUCAGUGUCCAUCAGUGCCAGCAGUCAGUGCUCAUCAGUCCCACGUGCCAGUGCCCAUCAGUGCCACUUCAAUGCCACAUAUCAGUGCAUACCAGUGCACAUCAGUGCCACAUAUCAGUGCCCAUCUGAGCUGCCUUUCAAUGUCACCCAUCAGUGCCAGUCAGUGCCACCUAUCAAUGCCAAUCAGUGCCACCUAUCAGUGCUGCCAAUCAGUGCCACCUAUCAGUGCCAGUCAGUGUCGCCUAUGAGUGCACAUCAGUGCCGCCUAUCAGUGCCAGUCAGUGCCGCCUAUCAGUGCCAGUCAGUGCCGCUUAACAGUGCCAGUCAGUGCUGCCUACAAGUGCAAGUCAGUGCCACCUAUCAGUGCCAGUCAGUGCUGCCUAUCAG